AUGCUGCCGCUCGGUCCGAUGCUGCUGCUGCUGCUGCUGACGGCUGCCGCCGCCGACCUCUCCGGGACGGCCGCUCCGCCGCGGCGGGAGACGGCUCUCGGCUUCUCUCCAUCGGUCUCCGCCUCUCCCUCCGCCCCGCCGCUCCUCCUCUUCCCGCAGCCCCGAGCGGAAUACGGGGCGCCCGGUGUAGCCCUGGCCCGGUCCGCGGCGGAGGAACCGGCUGGCCCCGGAGAGGAAGAAGAGGGGGGGCAACAUCACCAUCACGGCGGCGGGUACCGGGUGGUCCAGUGGGAGUGGAGCUACGUCCAGACUCCGUACAUCAUCGCUAUCUGGCUGCUGGUGGCAAGCGUGGCCAAGAUCUUGUUUCACUUCUCUCAGCGGUUCACCACUGUGGUCCCCGAGAGCUGCAUGCUGAUCCUGCUGGGCCUGGUCCUGGGCGGCGUCGUCCUCAUAGCCAAUAAGAAACAGUUGUACCAGCUGGAGCCCGCCCUCUUCUUCCUCUUCCUGCUGCCAACCAUCGUGGGCGACGCCGGAUACUUCAUGCCGGCCCGCCUCUUCUUCGACAACCUGGGAGCCAUCCUGACGUACGCGGUGGUGGGAACGCUGUGGAACGCCUUCUGCACCGGCUUCUGCCUGUACGCCGCCAAGCUGCUGGGGGUCAUAGAUGAGCGCGUGCAGGCGGACCUGAUGGACUUCCUGUUGUUCGGAGCGUUGAUCUCGGCCGUCGACCCCGUGGCGGUGUUGGCCGUGUUUGAGGAGGUUCACGUCAACGACACGCUCUUCAUCAUCGUGUUUGGAGAGUCGCUGGUCAAUGAUGCCGUCACCGUGGUUUUAUAUAAAGUCUACAUCUCCUUUGUCGAAGUGGGAGCUGAGAAUGUUCAGACGGCAGAUUAUUUCAAAGGAGUCGCCUCCUUCCUCAUCGUCAGUAUUGGGGGGACUCUGGUGGGGCUGGUGUUCGCCGUCAUCCUCGGCUUCAUCACUCGUUUCACCAAGAAGGUUCGGAUCAUCGAGCCGCUCUUCGUGUUCCUGCUGGUCUACCUGGCCUACCUGACCGCCGAACUCUUCUCUUUGUCUGCCAUUCUGUCAAUGACCUUCUGUGGUAUCGGUGCCAAUAAAUAUGUGGAGGCGAACAUUUCCCAGAAGUCUCGGACCACGGUGAAGUACACGAUGAAGACUCUGGCCAGCAUUGCUGAGACCAUCAUCUUCAUCUUCCUGGGGAUCUCAGCAGUGGAUAAGUCCAAGUGGGCCUGGGACACCGGCCUGGUGUCCUGUACACUCGUCUUCAUCUUCGUCUUCAGAGCUGUGGGUGUGAUUGGUCAGACCUGGGUUCUGAACCGUUUUCGCCUCGUCCCAUUGGACAAGAUAGACCAGGUGGUGAUGUCAUACGGCGGCCUGCGAGGGGCGGUGGCUUUCGCUCUGGUGGUGCUGCUGGACGGUGAGCAGGUCAAAGCCAAGGAUUACUUUGUUGCCACGACGAUCGUGGUCGUCUUCUUCACUGUCAUGUUCCAGGGUCUGACCAUCAAACCACUGGUCAACUGGCUCAAAGUUCCUCGUUCCACCAGCAGGAAGCCGACCAUCAACGAGGAGAUCCACGAGAGGGCUUUUGACCACAUCCUGACAGCGGUGGAGGACAUUGCAGGACUGCAGGGGUACCACCACUGGAGAGACAAGUGGGAGCAGUUUGAUAAGAACUACCUCAGUAAGCUGCUGUUGAGGAAGUCUGUGUACAGGAAGAGUGAGCUGUGGGAGGCUUAUCAGAAGAUCAACAUCAGAGACGCCAUCAGUGUCAUCGACCAGGGUGGGAAUGUCCUGACCUCAGCCAGACUGUCUCUGCCCUCCAUGGCCAGCAGAGCCUCGUUCCCUGAAGUCACCAACGUCACCAACUACCUGCGGGAGAAUGGCAGCGGUGUGUGUCUGGACCUCCAGGUGAUCGAUAACGUCCCCGGAGCCAAAGUGGAGGAGGACACAGAGACACACCAUGUCCUCGCAGAGAACCUGUACAAACCCAGGAGACGGUAUCAGUCGCACUACAGCCGUCACUUCAUGCCUCUGGGGGAGAAGGAGCGGCAGGAUCGGGAGGUGUUUCAGAGGAACAUGAAGAGCCGGAUGGAGACGUUCAAAUCCACCCGACACAAACGGCACAAGAAAGAGCGAAGCCUGAAGAAGCGCAGAGGAUCCGACGCCAAGGAGGACGGCGGCGACAAACCCAGACGCAACGUCAGCUGGCAGGACACAAAUCCGGUGGUUGUUCCUGUGGAGUCAGAGGAGGAGAAAGGUGAACAUUCAGACCCUGAGAAGGAGGAAGACGUCGGGAUCACCUUCGUUGCUCGUAAGGCAGAGACACCAAAACAACGACCCAAGUCAGUCCCUGCAGCUCUGGACGGGUGUCCAAGUCCAACAGCUGGCCCCCCUUCACCCCCCAGUGGAGACAGCCAUCUGCCGUGGAAGGGCAGUGUGGGUUCUCCUCCUCCCUGUGUGUCUGUGGAGGCCACGAAGAUCAUCCCUGUGGACCUCCAGCAGGCCUGGAACCAGAGCAUCUCCUCCCUAGAGAGCAUCUCCUCUCCCCCUGCCCCCGCAGAGCCCGUCCACCCGCGGGUGAGCGCCCUCUCCAGACUGGGAGGACCACGCCCGGCCUCCUACACCCCAGCAGGCAGCGUGGCGAGCAGCACCUCCUCCAUUGGAGCUCAGGUGUCACAGGGCUCCUUCCGCUUCCCAGACAAAAAGAAGGAGGAAGAGGAGGAGGAGGAGGAGGGAGGAGCCAGGCAGGAGAUGCAGCCACUCAUGUCAUCUCUGAGACCCACCGGCUCCCUUCCGCCGCCCCCACCACCGCCCGGCUCCGCCACCGGCUCAGGGAGGAGGAGGAACCCCUGCGUCUAUCUUAGGAGCCUGGUUACACCACCCCCUCCUGGCAGCGGCGAGCUUCACAGCCGAGGCCCCACCCAACUGUAAGAGCUGAUCCUAGAUCAGUGAAGCAUCCGAGCCUGCAGAGCGGCGCAGGAACGUCACUGCAACAAUCAGCAACUGCAGGACAGCUUCAUCGCAGCACAUACACACAUAUACACACACACAUA